CCAGCCCAGGUCUCAGCAGGCAGUGGUCAGAGCCACCCCAAGAAUGUCCAGGGAUUUGGCCUGCUGGCCAAGGUGCUCCCAGAGGCGCAGAGGACUGGAAUUUGAGCAGGCUGAGGGGACCCAAUCCCAAGAUUGGGGCCUCUGGCUCAAAAGAGCCCUGGGGAGGAGAAGCGACUCUUGAAGUUGUUAAGCCAGGCCCCGACUGGGGAGCACAGAGGGAGUGAAAGAUAAAGGAGGCAGAGGAGAAGAGGAGGUCAGAACAAUUUUUGGAGAUAGUGAGCUGCCUGUCAAGGGAGGCAUUCGAAUGCGCCAAAUCAACAUUGAUAACCCAAGAUCCCUUCCGAAGGGAGGAAAUCGAUGGCCAUUUCACAGAAGAAGAAAUUAAGGCUACCCAGGAGAGCCAGGACAAGAGCUGAGAUGAGGCGGUGGUUUUAGGGGGAGAGGAAGAAGUUAGACCCAGAGGCCUGACUUCUGGACAGCAAUGAGUGCCCGGGCCACACGACCCCGAAGCCGGCGAGGGAGGCACGCUCCACCUGGGGAGCUGGAUCCUGUGGCGGAGAGUUCAGAGGAGGCCGAGGCAGCCGGCGGGAGUUCUGAGCCGGGCCCUGUGCCAUCUCAGGAGAGCUUCAAGCCAAAGCCGCCGGGGCCAGAGGCAGAGGCCAGGGGGCAGGGCCUGGGGGGCAGGCCCACCAAAGAGGCUGAAGAGAACUCUAACAGAGGACCGGCCCCAUCUCUCAAGGGACCCCAUGGGCCUGCAGAGGAAGGCCACCAGGCCACAGACGUAGCCCCACGGCCCGGGGAGCUGGUCCCCCCCAGGCCUGGAGCCUCCGACGUGUUUCAGAUUCUCCAGCAUGCCCUGAGCUCGCUGGAGGCUGCUGCUGCGGCCUGGCACCGCCGGCCCCCAAGCUGUCCUGGGCCUGUGGAGGCAGAGGACAGAAGUGAGGCAGGACCAAAGCCCUGCCUGGAGGAGGAGGGGGCAGGGGCUUGCCAGAGGGAGGCAGCCCGCCUGGCAGAGAGGAAUGCCUGGCUGCGAUUGGCCCUGGGCAGCCGAGAAGAGGAGCUGAUUCGCGUGCAGGCCUCCGUGCAGGCCAUCCAGGCUGAAAGGGAGACGUUGCAGAGGGAGGUUCAGGAGCUCCAGGAUUCCCUGAUGAGGCUGGAGCCCUUUCCACUUCCCUCCCGUGGCCAAGCAGGUGGCUCGGGCAGUGGCUCCAGCAGUUCUGGGGUAGAUGAAGAGCCCUGGGGGACUCAGGACCCCUUCUCCCUGGCUCACCCCCUGCUCCGGCGCCUCCGGAGUGAUUCCAGCACUCAGAUGUUUGGGCCUCUCCGCACUCAACCCCUCGCCCCCGAGGUGCGCAUCAUGGAAAGCCAGACGGAACAGCUCCAGGGGAGCAUCGAGAAGCUCAAGUGUUUCAACCAUCUGCUGUCAGCUGUGCUGCAGGGGUACAAGGGCCGGUGUGAAGCCCUCAGCAUGCAGCUGGGCCAGCGGGAGGCUGAAGCCACAGCCCUGCGUCUGGCCUUGCAGUACAGUGAGCACUGUGAGGAGGCGUAUGGAGUCCUGCUCACUCUCCGGGAGGCAGAUUCGGGAGCAAGAGAGGAAGCCCCUAUGAGGGACCUGGAGGUGGCUGAGAAGGAGGCUCAGAGGCUGCUGGCACACGAGGAGGCUGCCAUGGAUGGAGGGUCACCACGGAAUCCACAGCCAAGUCCCGAGGGCAGCAGUGUGGAUCGGCCCACACCACAGGAGCUGGACCAGCUCUGGGGCUAUGUCCAGCGUCUCCAGGAGCGCCGUGCUCUGGUGAAGAUUCCCCCAGAGCCUGGCCCAACCUUGGCACCCAUGCCCGCUGUGCCCCAUGCGGAGGCCAUGGUGCAGGCCAUUCUGGGCCCAGCCUGGCCCAGUCCUACCCGGUUGGAGAAGAUGCAGAUCCAGCGGGACCUGGCGGCCACACGGGUACACAUGGGCAAACUGAUGCUGCGGCUACAGUUGAUGAGGCGGGAGAAGCGGGUGGAGCUGAAGGACGCUGCCCUCCGGGCCCAGGGCCCAGCCCAUGUGCUCCUGCUAGAGCAGCUGCGGUGGGAACAGGCACAGCUCCAGACCGGUGGGGCCAACAGUAGUGGUGGGGACAGCAGUGGAGGCGGGAGCAGUGGAGACGAAGAGGAGUCAUCUCAGGGCCCUCCAGCCGUUCUUGGUGGCAGCAGGGGCAUUGAUGGAGGCACGGGCAAAGCGCAGGGCCCGGAGAUUCUAGCCCAGGAACUAGCAGCGUCACUUCACCGGUGCCUGAGCCUGCGGGAGCAGCUGCAGUCUCUGCGGGAGGAACUGGAACAGGUGGUUCAGAAGGGGCGAGCCAGACGUGCUCAGAGUGCCGAGCUGAACAACGAUUUAUGCAAGGCUCACAGUGCCCUGGUCCUGGCCUUCCGAGGUGCCCACCGGAAGCAGGAUGAGCAACGGAGGAAGCUGGAACACAGGGUGGCACUAAUGGAGGUUCGACAGGCAGAGGAAUUGGAAGUGCUAGAAGCCACCGUAAGGGCGCUGGGGAGGCCCAGACCGUCUUGUCCACCUCCCCGGCUGGGAGAGACCUUUCUGUAGGCCCCAUUCUGGCUAUGUCUGGUGUACCAGACAAUUAGGGCAGGCACAUCAUAAACUGUCCUGGAGUGAUACUAUA